UUAUAGAACAGAAAACAUCCAAAGAAAAUUCAGACAAAAUGCGUGCCUUCAUUGUUUUAUGCAUAGUUGCCGUGGCUUCUGCCGAUACAUUGGGCUACAACUACCAACCAGUUGGUCACUCCAGCAGUGGAUUGUCUUUUGCCCCAGGUGCUGUUGGUGGCGCUAGCCCCGCCUAUAAUGCUCCUUCCUACUCUGCUCCUGCUGCUGAAUUGGAAAAGGAAUUCUACACAUUCUCCGCACCUGAAGGUGAAUUCAGUGAUCCCAAUGCUGCUCAACGUGUUGCCGGUAGCUUGAAACAAGGUCUUCGUGUUAUCUUCAUCAAGGGACCCGAAAACAGCGGUUUGGAAGAUGCUGCCUUGGCUUUGGCCAAACAAGCUGCCCAACAACAAACGGCCAUCUAUGUCCUCAACAAGCAGGCUGAUCUCGGUGAUUUGGCCAACAAACUUAACAAUCUCGGCGCCAACAACAACCAAAAACCCGAAGUUCACUUUGUCAAAUACCGUACCCCUGAAGAUGCUGCCAAUGCCCAACGUGCCAUCCAAAGCCAAUACGAUUCAUUGGGCGGUCGUUCUCUCAAUGUCAAUGGUGGCGUUGCUCCAGUUCUUAACUUUGCUUCUCAACCAGCUGUACAUACUGCCCCAGCUCAUGUGCCACAAAACGCAUACUUGCCAUCAUCGGUUUUCCGUCACUAAAAAUCUUA